AAUUACAGGCAGGAGCUGCAGGAGGCCCCAGGGCUGACAUGGAAACAGCUGAACCUCCUCAGAAAUGGGGGUGCAAGAAGUGCUGGGAUGGGAUGUGCAUGCACAAGCGGCUCUCAGCAGAGCCAGGUGUAACCAUCAGCUUCCAACUUGUUUUCCAGGCUGGGGCAAAUUGGGCUUUUGAAUGAUUUGCUGUGCCACAAGGUCAAAUAUCAAGGCUCAUACGCAACUCGAAAUGGGGUUUUGCCUUUUGGCACGCAGGACGGAUUGCCGGCUGCAGCUCCGAUCAACAUUUCAAAGACAAAAAUCAGUCAACGCAUCAUAUUUCUCAAGUGACGACACUUAAUAAACGGCCUCCCGGUCAAGUAUUAAAGCUCUGAACCGGCUAUGGGUUGCAUCCAGCACCUUGCGCGGGCCUUACGGUGCUCUGCAGAACCAGUGGGGGGGGGGGGCUCAGGCCCACCUGCGCCGUCUGCCAAUGGCUUUGCUUAAAAUCACAACAGGGGCUGAGCCUAAUAACAGUUUUUUCUCCCCAAAACAGCCCCUCUGGUGCCAAUGGCUGCGCUUGGGCCCGGGGGCCUAGGCCCUGCCGGCGUCCCCGGCCUGCUCUGUCGCUAAGCAACACGGGCUGGAGCCAGCGACCAACAGUAAAGAUGGCGCCCGGCCGGCUUCAGGACCCGGCCGUUCCCGCCCCCGUCCGGCGUCGAGCCAGGGAGUGGAGCAGACAGGCCGCGCCCUCAGCAGACAUGGCGCCCGGCUUGGCUUCAGCCUCCCAGGAGAUGGAGACUGCGAUGCUGAACUUACGGAGUCUGUAUGAUCAACUUAUGCGCCAGGCUGAAGUUUUAAGUGAAGGAAACGAAUACCAGUUUAUUCAGUUAGCAAAGAACUUUGAAGAGCAUCGGAGAAAAUUGCAGAAAACGGAGCAUGAGCUUGGCAGGUGCAAAGAUCUUCUCAUGAAAACUGAAGCUGAACGUAGUGCUUUGGAUGUGAAGCUGAAACAUGCUCGCAAUCAAGUGGAUGUGGAGAUCAAACGAAGGCAAAAAGCUGAAACGGACUGUGAAAAGCUGGAACGCCAAAUACAACUGAUUCGAGAGCUGCUCAUGUGUGAUGCAUCCGGGAGUAUUCAGCUAAGUGAAGAACAGAAGUCUGCCCUUGCCUUUCUUAACAGGCCACAGGUUUCUGUAGGGGGUUCAGGCAACAAAAGGCUGUCUACAAUAGAUGAAUCUGGCUCAAUUCUGUCAGACAUCAGCUUUGACAAGACUGAUGAGUCACUGGACUGGGAUUCCUCUGUGGUGAAAGCUGUCAGACUGAAAAGGAGAGAGAAGCGGCGGUCUUCCAGGCAGUUCAUUGAAGGCCCGCCAGGUCCUCAGAAGAAAACUCGAUCAAUUGGCUCCACAGUGGACCAGGGAAAUGAAUCCAUAGUAGCAAAGACAACUGUCAUGGUCCCCAAUGAUGGUGGCCCAAUUGAAGCUAUCUCUACUAUCCAGACUGUGCCUUAUAGUCUGAGAAGCCGGAGGAAGAGUGGUCCUUUGCAGCCUUGGAGCAGCGAGUCAAGCAUAGGCAGUAAGCAGCUGGAAUCCAAAUCGGAGACUGAUGGCUCUGGCACCCCGCAGAACAAUGGGGGAGUGAGGCUGCAUGAAUUUGUUUCAAAGACGGUUAUCAAGCCAGAAUCGUGUGUUCCAUGUGGAAAGAGAGUAAAAUUUGGAAAAAUCUCUCUGAAGUGCAGAGAUUGCCGUGUGGUCACUCAUCCAGAGUGUCGCGACCGCUGCCCUCUUCCCUGUAUCCCCACCUUGACAGGCACUCCUGUGAGAAUUGGAGAUGGGACCUUGAUGGACUUCGUCCCUUCUACUCCUCCAAUGAUCCCUUCCAUCAUAGUGCACUGUGUUAAUGAGAUCGAGCAGCGAGGGCUGCAUGAGACGGGCCUUUACCGGAUAUCUGGCUGUGACAAGACAGUGAGGGAACUGAAAGAGAAGUUUCUUAGAGCAAAAAAUAUUCCUUUGCUCAGUAAAGUGGAUGAUAUCCAUGCUAUCUGUGGCCUUCUUAAGGACUUUCUACGCAGCCUGAAAGAACCCCUUCUCACUUUCCGCUUAAACAAGACUUUUAUGGAAGCUGCAGAAAUCUCGGAUGAGGACAACAGUGUUGCUGCUAUGUACCAAGCAGUUGGUGAACUUCCUCAGGCCAAUAGGGACACCCUAGCUUUCCUCAUGAUCCACCUGCAGAGGGUGGCUCAGAGCCCGGAGACUAAAAUGGACAUUACCAACUUGGCCAAAGUCUUUGGCCCCACAAUAGUUGCCCAUGCGGUACCUGAUCCUGACCCUAUGACGCUUCUGCAAGACACUAAACGGCAGCCCAAGGUGGUGGAGCGACUUCUGCUGUUGCCUAUGGACUACUGGAGUCAGUUGAUGAUGGUGGAGCAAGAAAACAUUGACCCAGCUCAUGUAAUUGAAAACGUCAAUGCCUACUCCACUCCACAGACUCCAGAUGUUAAAGUGAGUAUGCUUGGACCUCUCACUACUCCGGAACAGCAGCUCUCCAAGACGCCAUCAUCGAGCUCCCUGUCCCAGAAGGUCCGGUCUACCUUCAGCAAAACCACCCCCAAAUUUGGGAGCAAAAGCAAGUCAACAACCCAGCUUGGGCAUCAGGGCAACUUUUUUGCCUCUCCUCUGCUGAAGUGAAGUGGACCUGGGAGUUAAUGUCAUCCUAGCAUUUGCACACCAAUAUGCACGAGUACAAUAAGCGCAAGUCCUUUCUGCAGCCCUUGGCAGUUUAUGUAACAAGAUCUUUUUCUUUUAAUCUUCAGCUUAACUGAGACUUUUAAUGGGAUUUUAUUGUGCAAUGUAUUUUUUAUUAUCUAAUUAUCUAAUGCUGUGCUGAAUUUAGUAUUGGCAAAGAAAGUAACUAGCAGGAUUUGUUCAAAGCGUUAAUAAAAAAAAAAGCUAGAGGAACACACUGACACUCUUCAAUAACAUCUAGUCUUCUACCCAUAGGAAGUGGAACAGUCAUACAAGGAUCAUAAGUUUCAGGUUUUUGGCUUGUGUUUUUUUUUUUUAAACUCUGUAGGUUGUUCUUCACACAGCAGUGACAACCCAACUGAACUUUGUCAGAAUCCAGUCUUCCAAACAGCACGUGACUCACGCUGUGGUCGUGCAGCUUGUAAUCCUGAGGAUGGCAGUGUUGCAUUUGUCUGAUGGGCAAAAGCUGCUCUGUUUAAUUAACUGCUGGAGGGACUGUGACUCUUUCUAAAGAAAUGUUUUUGUACUGUGUUUACAAGGGGAAAAUUCUGUAGAGGACUGCCUGUAGAUGCAAACCCAAAGGAUUCCUGGGUAGUCUAAAUGAAUUACUAGUGCUGCUCAUACUGGUGAAAGGGAAUAAGGAUACUUUAAUAGCACCCUUGCUUUUGGGAGUCCCUGCUUUCUCAAAUUGGGAUAUGUGACCUUGCCCAGUGCUGUGUGAAAAGACUUGUGGAACGCAUACAGAAGUUUAUAAAGUGGCUGUUUUUAUUGAGCUCUGGAAAACUGUCCUGACCUGUGCAGCUAAGUAAAUCAUUAUGUUCUAUGUGA